AUGUGUUUCCCGACCAGCGGAUGGGAGACGAUCCCUGCGUCGGAAAUACUUGACGAGGAGCGAUUCGAUGGAUUCAAGAAGGGGCAAUAUUAUCCAGUGAAUAUCGGGGAAGUUUUCGCCUCCAAGUACCAAGUGGUUGGCAAGCUGGGAUUUGGCGUUACUUCAACUGUCUGGCUUGCACGUGAUCUCGAGGGCCAUCGAUAUGUGACACUGAAAGUUUAUACUCGGGAUGAAGACAAUGCAGAGGAAUUCCAGAUCUAUAAUCACUUGAAGGAGCACAAGUCAUCCCACCCUGGCUAUGCGCACGUGAGAACAGCUCUGGAUUUAUUCACCAUUCCUCGUAAUGGAGGCAAUCAUCACUGUCUUGUCCAGCAGCCCAUGUGGGAGAGCUUCCGCCAUCUGCUUUAUCGGAAUCCCACACAUCGGUUUACCGAGGAUUUACUCAAAGCCGGUCUCAUGCAGAUAUUCCUUGCACUGGAUUACCUGCACACUGAAUGCAAGCUUGUUCAUACAGAUAUCAAGAGCGAUAACAUUUUGCAAGAAAUUGCAGACAGCUCCAUACUUGAAGCAUUUACCAAAGCUGAAAUGGACAGUCCCUCUCCCCGCAAAUUUGUAAAUAGCGCACCGGUGUAUGCUUCGCGGCGAUUCGAACUACCCAAAAUUUUCGGACGCGCAGUAUUGAGUGACUUUGGAUCUGCGGUACGAGGCGAUGAGAAGCAAGAUCAUGAUGCCCAGCCCAAUGUUUACAGGUCGCCGGAAGUGAUGUUGAUGACUGAGUGGAGUUAUCCCAUUGAUAUAUGGAACGUGGGUGUUAUGAUAUGGGAUCUAUUUGAGGGCAAGCAUAUGUUCUAUGGAAAUGACCCCGACGGGAAAGGGUACUCUACCCGUGCGCAUCUGGCAGAGGUGAUGGGUCUCAUAGGACCUCCCCCGUUAGAUAUGAUCAAGCGUGGAAAACGAAGUCAUGAAUUCUUCAACGAAGACGGGAAAUGGAAACAAGAUAUAGCAAUACCGCAGACAGGGGGUCUAGAGGAAUCAGAAGAGUUUCUCGAAGGCAGGAAUAAGAAGAUGUUUCUGAAUUUCAUGAGGGGGAUGCUCCAGUGGCGCCCAGAGGACAGGAAGACGGCAAAGGAGCUCCUCAAAGAUCCCUGGCUGAAUGAACAGAUACAGUAA